AUCCCCUCUGUGGGCCCAGGGCCAAGCAUUGUAAGCAGGUCGCUGCAUCCGCCGCCAACCUCGCUGCGGGCGAAGAAGCGGAUGCAGCAGAGCGGCGGCGCGGCGGGUUCCCGUCCUCCCCUCGGGACAGCGCCGAGGAGCAGCAGCCACUACGGCGAAGAACGGGCGGGGCCUGCUCGUAACCAGGCGGCGCUUGGCGCCUUUCCGUGAUAAGUGGAAACGAGGACGGCCCCCAGGGAAGCCCCGACCAAACAGGCUGCCGGCCGAGCUUGCCUCGAUUGCCUCAGGGGAAGCGCGGUGUGAAUCGGCUCCCUCCGCCUCUCUCCCGGCUGAUGCUUAAAGACCCUUCCCAAAACCGCGUUGCCGGCAGGCGAUUGGCUGCGGCCGGCCCGCUCUCUUUGGCCGCUUGGCACAGGCUUCCUCCGUACGGCGGCGGCUUCGCUUGUCAGCGUGUAGCGAGGUCAAGGGAAGCGUGUGGUUGGCUCGCGCUGUUUGGGGCGGGUGUCUGGAUGGAAGCCGCGGGAGCCGGAGCGAAGUAGGGCGUCCCUAGCGCUCCUUUCGUUCACACGCGCGGGGUGAAGGGGCGGGGAAGAGACCUCGGGGCGCGUGUGGACACGGCGCCGCGCGGAGAGGCGGCAUCUCCCGGCUUUCCCGCCGCCCCUCCUUCCGAACGGAGCCCCGCGGCCGCCCUCGAGGUGGCGAGGCUGACGGGAGGCGAGGCUUGUGACGUUGCUCGGGGCGUGCAGGCGAGACUGGCCGGCUUGGACGAGGAGGCAGAAAGGCGGCAGCGGCGCUUCGGCUGAGGCGCGGCGCUUUAGCGCGUCUUUGUGUGUGCGGGAGAGCGAGGGGGAGAAGCCCGUUUGGGGCGCGGGAAGCUCCUCGAUGCGCGGGCUGGAGGCGAAAGCCGAGUGACUCCCUGCCCAGCCUUCUCCCCCGAGGCCGCGUCUUUGCGCGGCGGCGGCUGUACGUCUUGAGGGGGACCGGCUUCCGUCUGGCUGCGGGCGAAGGAGCGCGCCGAGAGCCCAGCAGCCGGCGAGAGCAUCACCAUCAUCACCUGGCGCGGCGGCGAGGGCAGGGGCGGAGGGACGGGCGGGGCAGCGCGGGGAGGAUCGGGCGGCCGCCUGCCGGCCCAGGAGGCGCGGCGUGUUGCGUAGCGUUGUAGUGUAGUCUGGCUGCGGGUGCCGGUUUGGCAGUUUAAAGCGCCCCGAGCAGCCGCUGCCCGCCUGCGAGAAGGAGAAGACGCCACGGAGCCUCGCGGAGCGACACCAGGAUCUGCUCAGCGUCCGGCCCGCGUUGCUGCUGCCCUGUGAGGAGGAGCCAUGGAGGGGAAGCCGUUGCAGCAGCAGCAGCAGCAGCAGCAGCAGCAGCCUCUUCACACGCCGCCUCCCGCACCUCGCUCCGGCUCUCCCAGGCUGAAAGCAGCAGCAGGAGGAGCCGCCGUUGCAGCAGCAUCUGGGGGCGCGGAAGACGUCUCUCGUUUGCCGGCAAGUGACGGGGAUGCUCCUGGCGGCGGCGGCUCCUUGUCAUCGGAGCCUGGCCCCGGGCUGGCCCCCGCCUUCGCAGCCGGCGACGGGCUGUGCAGACCGCUGGGUCCCACGCCGAGCCAGAGCCGAUUCCAGGUGGACCUCGUGGCGGAGAGCUCUGGUCGAGCGGCCGCGGAGGAGGAGGCGGGGACGGCGGAGUCGCCUUCGAAGCCCACUGGCGAUGGGUCCGGGAAAGGCAGUGAGGAAGCCAAAGGCCGGUUCCGAGUCAACUUCGUGGACCCCUCCGCCGGGGAUGAGAGCUCGGGCGAGCCCGGCAGCGGCGAGGUGUUCAGUGUCAGCUUCCAAAACGGCGGCGACACGGUGCUGAGCGAGGGGAGCCUCCAUUCCGGUGGCGGCGGCUCGGGAGGGCACCAUCACUACUACUACGACACCCACACCAACACCUACUAUCUGCGCACCUUCGGCCACAACACCAUCGAUGCGGUACCAAGGAUAGACUAUUACCGGCACACGGCUGCUGGCCUGGGGGAGAAGCUUAUCCGGCCCAGCCUUGCUGAGCUCCACGAUGAGCUGGACAAGGAACCAUUUGAAGAUGGAUAUGCAAAUGGAGAAGAAGGAACUCCUACUGGAGAAGCUACUGCCACUUAUGCUGCUGAAAGUAAAGGGGUUGUCAAAUUUGGCUGGAUCAAAGGUGUAUUGGUACGAUGCAUGCUGAAUAUAUGGGGUGUAAUGCUCUUUAUUAGACUGUCCUGGAUUGUAGGACAGGCUGGGAUAGGACUGUCAGUGUUAGUCAUUGCAAUGGCCACUGUUGUGACUACUAUCACAGGCUUGUCAACAUCAGCAAUAGCCACCAAUGGCUUUGUGAGAGGAGGAGGAGCAUAUUAUCUGAUUUCAAGAAGCUUGGGUCCUGAAUUUGGUGGUGCCAUAGGGUUGAUCUUUGCGUUUGCUAAUGCAGUUGCUGUAGCCAUGUAUGUCGUUGGCUUUGCAGAGACAGUUGUAGAACUGCUAAAGGAGCAUGGUGUAGUUAUGUUGGAUGGAACAAAUGACAUCAGAAUUAUAGGAGCGAUCACAGUUGUUGCUUUGUUGGGCAUCUCUGUAGCAGGAAUGGAAUGGGAAGCUAAAGCACAGAUUGUUCUGCUGGUGAUCCUGUUGCUAGCUAUUGCUGACUUUAUCAUAGGAACAUUUAUUCCAUUAGAGAUCAAGAAGCCCAGAGGCUUCUUUGGCUACAAAGCUGAAAUAUUUUCUGAGAAUUUUGGGCCAGAUUUCCGAGAUGGAGAAAGUUUCUUUUCAGUAUUUGCUAUAUUUUUCCCAGCUGCAACAGGCAUUCUAGCUGGUGCCAAUAUCUCAGGUGAUCUUGCGGAUCCUCAAUCAGCCAUACCUAAAGGGACACUCUUGGCCAUCUUAAUUACUACAGUGGUUUACAUAGGAAUUGCAGUAUCUGUAGGUGCUUGUGUUGUUCGAGAUGCUACUGGGAGUUUCAAUGACACAAUUAUAAAUGAGCUAACAAAUUGCACUACUGCAGCUUGCAAGCUGAAGUUUGACUUCUCUUCCUGUGAAAAGACCAGAUGCCAUUAUGGGCUAAUGAACAACUUCCAGGUAAUGAGUAUGGUAUCAGGAUUCGCACCUUUGAUUUCAGCUGGUAUCUUUUCUGCCACUCUUUCUUCUGCAUUAGCAUCUCUUGUCAGUGCACCUAAAAUUUUCCAGGCUCUGUGUAAAGACAAUAUUUACCCAGGUUUCUCAAUGUUUGCUAAGGGUUAUGGGAAGAAUAAUGAACCUUUGCGAGGAUAUCUUCUGACCUUCUUGAUUGGACUUGGAUUCAUAUUAAUUGCUGAAUUGAAUCUCAUUGCUCCAAUUAUCUCCAACUUCUUCUUGGCUUCUUAUGCCUUAAUUAACUUCUCAGUGUUUCAUGCUUCACUUGCGAAAUCCCCAGGUUGGCGUCCUGCUUUUAAGUACUACAACAUGUGGGUGUCCCUAGUUGGCGCAAUACUUUGCUGUAUAGUGAUGUUUGUCAUUAACUGGUGGGCAGCCCUUCUCACUUACGUCAUUGUUCUAGGACUCUACAUUUAUGUAACUUACAAGAAGCCAGAUGUAAAUUGGGGAUCUUCAACUCAGGCCUUGACUUAUCUAAAUGCACUGCAGCAUGCUGUUCGCCUUUCAGGUGUGGAAGACCAUGUGAAAAACUUCAGGCCGCAAUGUCUUGUCAUGAGUGGUGCUCCCAACUCACGCCCAGCAUUGCUUCACUUGGUCCAUGCAUUCACCAAAAAUGUAGGGUUAAUGAUCUGUGGUCAUGUACAUAUGGGUCCUCGCAGGCAAGCCAUAAAAGAAUUGUCUAAUGACUUGUCCAGAUGCCAGCGGUGGCUUAUUAAAAACAAAAUGAAAGCAUUCUAUGCUCCAGUACAUGCAGAAGAUUUGAGAGAUGGUGCACAAUACUUGAUGCAGGCAGCAGGUUUGGGGCGAAUGAGGCCAAACACUCUUGUUAUUGGAUUUAAGAAAGAUUGGCAGUCAGCUGAUAUGAGGGAUGUAGAUAUCUACAUCAACUUAUUACAUGAUGCCUUUGACGUUCAGUAUGGAGUUGUUGUUAUUCGGCUGAGGGAAGGUCUGGAUAUUUCUCAUCUUCAGGGCCAAGAAGAAUUACAGUCAUCACAAGAGAAAUCUCCUGUAACCAAAGAUAUUAUUGUAAACGUGGACUACAGCAAGAAGACAGAGAUGGUCACUUCUAAGCCUGUGACUGAAAAAGCUCUUAUUCAGAAAGAAGAUGAAGACGACGUCAAGACUCCAACACAGCCACUUUUGAAAAAAGAUCCUAAAGGCCCAUCUGCUCCGCUGGACGUGGCUGAUCAAAGACUGCUUGAUGCAAGUUCUCAGUUUCAGAAGAAACAAGGCAAAAAUAAUAUUGAUGUCUGGUGGCUUUUUGAUGAUGGGGGCUUGACAUUGUUAAUUCCAUAUCUUCUGACGACCAAGAAAAAGUGGAAAGACUGUAAGAUCAGGGUGUUCAUUGGUGGAAAAAUAAACAGAAUUGAUCAUGACAGAAGAGCGAUGGCUACAUUGCUUAGUAAAUUUCGAAUAGAUUUCUCAGAUAUCAUGGUCCUUGGAGAUAUUAACACAAAGCCAAAGAAGGAAAACAUUGCAGCUUUUGAUGAAAUGAUAGAGCCAUUCAGACUUCAUGAAGAAGAUAAAGAACAAGAUGCUGCAGAUAAAUUGAAAGAAGAUGAACCUUGGAGAAUCACAGAUAACGAAAUUGAACUAUACAAAACCAAGAGUCACCGCCAGAUUCGUCUAAAUGAAUUACUGAAAGAGCAUUCAAGCACAGCUAAUCUAAUUGUUAUGAGUUUGCCAGUAGCAAGAAAAAGCGCAGUAUCAAGUGCACUGUACAUGGCUUGGAUAGAAGCUCUUUCAAAGGAUCUGCCACCAAUUCUCCUUGUUCGUGGGAAUCAUCAGAGUGUUCUUACUUUUUAUUCCUAAGCACUACUGCACAACAUGCAGCUGCAAAGAAAUGGUACUUCAGUGCCUAAAGGAGAGAGACUGAGAUGUUUGAUUAAAAUAUUAACAUCACACACAGGCAAAAAGUGACUACUCUUUCACUAUUCCACUGACUUGAACAAAGCACACAAGGAAAGUCACUGUACUCCUAAAGUUGUGAAAGCUUCAGUUAUCUUCUAAUUCUUCUGUAAUUUAACCUUGCUUAAUGGGGGAAGAUUCUUUGUUAGACUGAAGAAUGAAUAAACAGGUUUUUCUUUGCUACUUGAACGGCAGCAAUAAAAGUGUUUAUUUUUGAUCAAUGAAAGGAUUAUAGAUUUAUAAAAGCCUUUUAGCCUUGAGGUGCCUUCUGAAGUUAACCAAAUUUCAUCCAUAUACCUAUUUUGUAAAUUUAUAAAUAAUGUCAAAGUCUGCCAUUAGAUCAAUCUUUAGUUUCUAGGUUCUUCCAUCUUACAGUAAAAAAUGUUAUGUUAAGUCUUCCAUCAAGCUAUUAAUUUUUACUGUUGUAGGCUUCCUGUUGUUCCAGAUGGUGGCUGUUGGGUUGUUUUUAAAGGUAUCUGUUGGAUCUGAAACAAAAGUGAAAAGUGUGGCAGGUUGACUAAUAAAAACCAAAUUCAUAAUAUGUCCAGGAGUUUGUACUGUUCAGUUUGUACCACUGAAUAAAGCUAAAGUACACUAAAUGAAAGAGAGGACCUGCUUCUCGAAUUCCAUCCUAUCUGCUGCUGCUUUCCUUAUUUUGGUGCAGGUUAGUAGGCCAGUCUUCAUUCUGCAGUUCUGCUGUGAAACUGUAGUUCUGUGUUGAGUGUGAUAUGGAAUUCCAUUUAACAGGAUAUGUCCAUAGAAAGUAUGUAUAAAAUUUGUUGGGCCAUCUAAAUAAAGCUGUCAAUUCAUUCACCUAGUUAAAUGAACCACAUUUUAUUCAACUUGUUCCAAGGUCAAUUCAUUCCAUUGUCAAAAUUUACGUUCAAUCUUGUUAAAUACUCAGGUUUAGUGAUCUUCUUAACUGUUCAGUUUAAGUUGCACAUGACAUCUUGUGAAUUCAAGAACUGCCAAUUUAUGUGCCCUCCGUGUGUUGAGUGUGUGUGUGUACUGCUUCCUGAUUUUUUAAUCUCAGAAUUGCUUAUUGAAGAAUCACUUGAGGCUUUUAUUCAAUGGUUAGUAAUGGGUGUUUAUGUCUGUACUUUGAAAGAGCCAACUGAAAACCUUGCAGCCUCUUUGAAUCAAUAUGGGGUACUGGACUGGACUGAACAUCUAUCGGUUUCACUGUUGGUCACUGAAAGCAGAUAUAACAAUAUAUUUUUAUGUGGGACAAGAUCAAAAUAAAUGAUCAAUUAUUUUUGGAAGAGUAAAGCUACCAGUUACUAAAGUGAUUAUUUAAGAAAGUGAUUUGCAUUCUAGUAAGUUACAAUUCUCAUUGUUUUUCCAGAUGUUGAUUGUGUUGUCCUUUUUUUCAGAAGUGCAAUACAAAUUGGCUGCUAGGGUAGAGUAAAUCAAUGCCAGUAUCUAGUUCUCAAAGGAAGUUGGAAGCUGUUAUAAGAGCAGGUUACUACCUGAAAAAAUUCCCUGUGUGUAUUUAAUAGCAUUGAUUACAGGUUUGCAGUGUUUAUUGGCAUGAUGGUAGGGGGCACAACAUUCAGCAAAUCUGAAUUUUUGUAUCAAUUUUUGUAUGUACCAGUGGGCAACAGGGCAUGGACUUAGUGCUGUUAUUGCAACAAUGUGCACUUACUCAAAGUUUUGUCCAUACAGAAAAACCAAAAGGAACCAAAUGAGAAGUGUGCGUUUAUGUGCGUACGUGUGCCCUAUGUCUAAAAUGAUAUCAAAUAAAUGUAAAGGUGGCUUCUCACAUGAGAAUCUGUACGCACACACAACAUCCCACCAACAAUUCAGCUAUUGUAAAAUUUACUCUAACCCUCCUGCAACGUGUUAGCAAGAGGCAAGUUUGGGACAUAGCCAUUUCAAUUUCUAUUUAGUAUAGACUGAAGUUUUCUUUUUGGCACCAUGUUUUCUUAAGUUUCAAUCAGUAAUGACUUGAAAUAAUUGUUUUCCAUUGACACUCAGCAAUACCAUUUCUAUAGAUGAAAUUUUAUUUUGUGGAAUUAGGAACUACUUGGAAAGUAGUUAAAUCAAUUAUUUAUUUGUUUUCUUAUGUUUGUAUUAGGCUUUACUUUUUACAUCUUUUUAUAUGCUUUUCUGUUAUUUAAAAAAAUGAACUAUGGUCUUAAUUUAAGGAUUAAGCUUUGAUUGGUACUAUCCACAAUUUGAAAAUGUCAUAUUUUGAUAAUACUGUACUGUAACUGUCCCACACAAUGGCUUUUCUAAUGUUUUAACAACAUUGAAUAUUGCAGUUACUACUCUGUACUGAGGAAGGAUCACUGCAAUAAAAGGGAGUGAAUUAAAGUAAGUUGCUUAAACCAGCCUA